AAGAAAAUCAAUCUCACUUUACCACAUGGCAGGUAUUUUUUGAAACUAAGAGGACUGUCAAAAACAGGUUUGGAAUAUGGUAUGUCUAUGUAUUUUUUAGAAAGAAAGAAUUACAUUGGAGAUUAUCAAGUAUUGAACAAAUAUAACAAUUAUUUUGGCUUUCCCAGACUGUUGAAAGUUGUUUGUGGGUGCCAUUGAUGUGCAGUGAAAUUUGGGAACAUGUUAUUUUCAAGACUUAUUAGUAUAUAAAUGCAAUAAAUGCAUUCAUAUUCAUCAUGAUAUUCUCUUUUGGAAUAAGAAAUUAUAUGCAAAGUGCAGAAAAAGAGUAAGAAAAAUAGUAAACUAAAGAAAUUAAUGUAUGAGGUGAGACAAAGGAAAGAAAAGAUAACUAUUUCUAGUUUUAGAUGCCUUAACUCAUUCUCUUUUUGAGGACCUCAUCAAUUCCAUCUAAUGUGUACGCUAUAAUCUAAUAGUGGACUGGCACCAGGGAAAUUUAAGUUCAAACUGCUGUUAUCAAUGGAAACUCACUAGGUGAUUAGGCCAUUUUUCCUCCCCUCUCUCAACCCAGCAUAACUUACCAAGUUGAUCUGGAGGAAAGUAGGAAGACUGAGUUCGACAUAUGCCAUCUUGAAUUCUUGUAUGAAAGAUGGAAUAAAAUCUAAUAACUAUAUGCUGCACUUUGAGAUGUGAAUUGAGCAAAAGAUGGCCAGAACACAAUCUUAAAAAGAAUAAAAGAGUCUCCAUAACAGUCACUUCACAAUGUAACCACGUCAUUUUAAAAUGAAAAAUACACGAUCUGUCCAUUAAUGAUAGAAAACGGAAAACUGCCCUAAUAAUCCUUUCUAUAGUUUAAUGUUUGCAGAUGUUCCAGAUGAGCAUAAUUGAGAGGAAAAUGUUGGAUGCAAUGAAACAUGGACUCAAUUAAAUAAUACAAUAAUUUAUAUGUACCACAGAGAUUAAAGUUGUUAUGAAUUAUGCCUUGUAUGAGAAUCAUCUGGAUACUAGUCGACAAUAACCCUCAAACCAACAUUGCAUGUACUGGAUUUUUUUAAAAGUUGUGAUCUGUGAACUAAUUCAGGAACUAGACUGAGGACAGCUUGCACCAAAUCUUUCCCAUGGUGAUCUUGUCGGAAAGCAGAAGUUGGUUAUGAAAUAAUAGUUGGUACAGGAAUGGAGAAGCUGAUUGUUGCCUGGAUGAAAGUAAUUAGGCAUUCUGAGGAGGCAUUGAAAACAGCUCUUAUCUCCAAGGACAGACAGCUUUUGAAGCUUUAUGAGAAGUUUGAUCCUAAGGAGAAGCAUUUGCUGAAUGAAGCAUUUCAACCAGACAGUGCUCUUUUUAAACCCAUAACUCUGGAAUCCGAAUCAGACUGGAUCUCCUCACAUCCAGAACCCACCCAGGAUUUUUCACAGUUUUAUCAUGACCCCUGCAGAAAUUUGCCAACCCCACAGAAGAGACAGAUUUACAUCCAGCCCAUUGGUUCUUUUGGAGAUGCCAAAGUUAGCACAGAUGUCUACUUGAAAUGGCUGAGAGAUUACUGUGAAGCAUUUUACUACGGCCUGACUGUAAGAAUCCUAGACCCAACGCCAGUUUCGCACACAGGUUGUGCUUUUCGAAUCAAUGAAUACACACACAAUCUGCAGAUCCAUGCAGGGUAUCUCUUGAGUUACUUAAAGAAAAAAAAGCCAAAGGAUGCUUUUUGCAUUGUGGGAAUAACCGUGAUAGAUCUUUACCCCAAGGACUCUUGGAAUUUUGUCUUUGGACAAGCCUCCUUAACAGAAGGGGUGGGGAUCUUCAGCUUUGCCAGAUAUGACAGUGACUUCUACAGUGCAAACUACAAGGGCAGGUUGAAAACAGUGAAAAAGCUUCCUGCAGCUGACUAUUCUGUGUUUGAUGGCUACUAUACACCUGAAAUCACAAGUCAAUUGCUUCUGAGAUCCUGCAAAACUUUGACUCACGAGAUUGGACACAUCUUUGGGCUCCAUCAUUGUCAGUGGUUACAAUGUGUUAUGCAGGGAUCGAAUCAUCUGGAGGAAUCAGACAGACGUCCAUUAGACCUUUGCCCUAUUUGCUUGCGCAAGUUGCAAUCUGUACUUGGUUUCAGCAUUCUGGAAAGAUACAAGGCGCUGCAGAGAUGGAUAGAGGAUAAAGCUAAUGGAACAGAAGAAGGACACAGCAGUGAGGCUAGAGGAAGAUUGCCAAAGCCGGUGGAAUCAUUUACAGAAAGUUAUGAUUUGCUUAUGAAAUGCUUAGACGUCCUCCAGAAAUAGAACCAAACCAGACAGUUCUAGAGAUGCAGAUGACAGACUAAAUAAUUCCUCUGUAGAACUUAUCAGCAGCUCCUUGGGUAGUUUGAGCUUCAAACAUCAACAACUUAAAGGAGCAUUUUCUCUGCCUGUUCAGCAAAUGGUCAUGUUUGCAGUCUGUGAUGAAUGACAAAUCCUGCUCAUUUGCAUGGAACAAGAAAUGGAAUGGAAGCAAAUAGGUUGUGCAUAUCAAUAAACCCUUCAUGCACAUCAGAAUUGAAAAUUGGCGCAGAAAAACUUGUGGGACCUGAAAUUGAUCAGAACCUUCAGUACCUGUGCUUUUGAAGUCAGUUAAUUUCUCUCACAAUAUAGACCUUGUCCAUUUCAUAGGGGUAACAGAUCAAAUUCAUCAGGGGUAACGGGUCAAAUUCAGCCCUGAUAUCCAGACAAAGCUGUGCCCCAAUCAUCUCCAUAGAACUAGUAUAGCUGGAAUCUGACUACAAACAGAUCGUAAAUAAAAUAUCCACAGUACCUUUAAAAUGACAAUUAAAAACUUUGACAUUACAUAAGAAAAUAAAAAAUAAAAAAAUAUUAAAGAUGGUAUACUGAAAUCUAUAAAUAUCAUCAGGAGGCUCUCUGCCAAAGCUCAGUUUUUAACAUGUUCCUAACAGCUAACGAAACUACAUAUUUUACAGUUCAUAAAUGUAAAUGCUACUCUUUCUUCAGAAUUGAAAAAGGAAAUAAUCUGGAGAACUGAUGGUCCUCUGGAUGACAUUGAGCAAUGACCUGGGAAAGAACAAAGGCCAAAGAGGAGAACUACACAAGGACAAGGACAUUUUUUUAUGUUGGGUGUUGAUGAUUAAUUUGAUUUAAGAGUCAAACAUCUUUCAAUUUCCUUGGUUUGGAUUACUGUUAUCUGGCGUAAUAGUGUUUUCAUCUUAAAUCUAAAUCCAAUUAGCAUAUUUCCUUACCUAAUUAAUGCUUAAGCAUAUUUUUUCUCCUCUUCCUAGCUUGGUAGAAUGGAUUUCCCACUGUGUAUAAUUUUCAAGGUUAAUUUUAGUUGGACAGGCACUGACUUCUUCCAGGAUGUUUUCUGAUUUCCCAGAAAUUAAUAUUUAACAUGAGAGCACCUUUAAUUUUGAAAUGAUACAGAAAUAAUUUCUUCCCAUAUAAAAAUUUUUUGCAGGAAUAUUAACUUCUGAUGAGAAUUCCACCUGACAGACAUGACAAAAGAUCAUGUUACCCAGAUUAUGGUAUAUUAUAAUAUUUAGUGAAUAUGUA